UGUCAUGAGUGAAGGUCAGAGAUCUCAAAAUGGAAUUAAACGAAUUAAUAAAUAUAGCCAUAUAAAUAAUUAUAUAGCUAUAUUGUUUUUUUUUUUAAAGGUCGCUAGGAAUUUUCUGGAGGGGCCAGAGAGAGCGUUCCUCGUUUCCAGGGGAACAUUACGAAAGACGGACUGUCAUUUUGUAAACAGUCCCACGUGUGCCAACGAUGACGUAGCUCAUGGUGUCAACAGGAUGAGCUAUAAACAGCCUGCAACUCAGGCAACUCUACACUAAUUGAACAUUCUUUUUACAUCGAACCUCUAUUCAAAUUGUAAAUAUAGAGACAGCCCUGGGUGUAGCAAUGAAAUUGCUAUUUCUUGCAUGCCUCAGUCCAAAAACGGGAAACUGCACCACAGCCGAGAGAAUAAGGACACACAUUGAAUCAGCGGGUCACACCUGUGAGCUUCGAGAUGCUGCGGAUUUCAAGUCAUCGGCAGAGGUGGCCAGUUUGAUAGAACAGAAGCCACCUUUCGAGGGUGCUAUUGCCAUUCACCUGUUCAAAGGAGGCAGGCUCCUUCUAGAUACUCAAGUGCCCUUUGGAGUAGUCUUUGGAGGAACAGACAUUAAUGAAGAUGUGAAAGUGGAGCAGAAGCGUGCAGUUAUGGAGCAGGUGUUGCUGAAAGCCAGAUUUGCUGUUGCAUUUACUGACAAACUGAAAGCAGAGGCUGACAUAUUUCUGCUGUCCCAAAGCAGCAAAAUCUACGUCCAGCCUCAAGGGAUCAAGACUGAGGCGGCUCAGAGUUUCUGCUGGAGUGAAUUUCUAAGGCGCUCAGGUGUGAGUGGGGAGGAUGUGGAGGACCUGCAUGUGUUCCUACUAGUCUGUGGCCUGAGGAGAGUGAAGGAUCCUCUCUAUCUGCUGGAGGCAUUCUCAGAGUGGCACACUGAGAAUCCCCUGGUAGUGCUCAUCAUCAUCGGACCUAAGAUUGAUCCUGUGUUUACUGAAGAAGUAGAAGCAAUCAGUAAAAGGUCAGCAGGGGUUUACCUGGCCCAGGAGAGAAGCCAAGAGGAGCUCCAUGCUGCUAUGAGGAGGUCAGCUGCCCUGGUGAACAGUUCAGUCUCCGAGGGGAUGUCCGCUGCCAUUUUAGAGGCAAUGGACCUGGAGGUACCAGUGGUGGCUCGUGACAUCCCAGGCAACACAGCGGUGGUGCAACAUGAGGUCACUGGUCUGCUCUACUCGUCCCCUCAGGAAUUUGUGCGUGUAUCUCAGAGGCUGCUAGUAGACGGAGAGCUGCGGGAGCGUGUGGUGGCGAACGGGAAGCGCUACGUUGAGGAGCACCACAGCCUGGACAAUGAGAGGGAGGCCUACCAGAGGCUGGUGGACACGCUACACUAAGGCUGAACAGAAUAACCAGGUCCUCUGUCUCAACCUUACUUUCUCUCAGGAACAACUCCAAGGGCUCUAUUCAAUCUGUAUACGAUUCAUCGAUACAGAUUGAAUAGAGCCCUAAGUUAGUGACACAGGCGGAACUACACAAGCAGUAGAUACAAAUCCAUAUCCAGUUUGGGUUAGUGCUAUCCUGGAUCCUUGGGACAUACAGUGGGGCAAAAAAGUAUUUA